UAAUCUCACCCGGAUGUCGGAUUAAUGUUUUCAGUCAUUUCCGCUUCGGCGAACCAACAGGAAAUUUCGUAGAAGUGAUGUCGUGAUGUUGACGCUUGUCAUCAUUUGUAGUACAGCAUCUUUUUCCUCUCACGUAUCGAUAUGGCUAUUUCAACAUGUCAGAAGAUCACCUUCGUCUCUUGCAUCGUCCUCUGUAUGUCUUUAUUCCUACCCAAAUUAUUUUUACCCAGAGUGAAGAAAGAAACAGUGCAGUCGGAGGUUGGGCCAGGGCAUUUUCCUCCCUCACGACACAGCCAUUCAUUCCCUGAAGAUCAUGAUCACUGGGACACAGACUCUCAUUACAUCAAGAAUUACGAUCCUGAGGCAAUUGCCAGAGUCAAGGGUGUUCGCAAGCCAAAUCUGCUGGGCCAGGUCAUCCCUGUCUAUGGCUUUGGGAUUUUCCUUUAUAUCAUCUACCUGUUCUUCAAGCUGACUUCUAAGGACAAACCUCAUCGACAAGGGUGCAGAUUCCCUAUACCGCAGUUAGAAUGCACAUUUGAAGAGAUGCCUACUUGUCAGCUGGUGCAGCUGCAGGCCAGAAUGAAUGAAAAAGUCAGAGAAAAGAGAAUAUCUAAAGUUGUCCACCAAUCUGCCAGGUCACGCAGGAGCACACGGAAGCGUGAGGAGAAAAGGCUCAAACAGUUGAAGGAGAUCACCCAAAUGAUGAAGGAGAGACAGUUGCGAGAGGGAGCCACGCCGGAGGAGGAGGCUGAGGAGGCGCCCUACACUGCAGACUGGGAAGGAUAUCCAGAUGAGACCUACCCAGAGUAUGGCCUGCCCUCCCGCAGGCGCAGACUUCCUAGUGUUAUUCUGGAAGAACCGGACCAAGCUAUUCCCACAGCUGAGGAGCUUGCUGAGAGAAUGGAGAAAGAAGAGGAGGAGGAGGAUGAGCUUGCUGAUGAUGCAUGUAUUAACGAGGAUGUGAAAAUGGAGAAUAAUGAAGGAGAAAAAGAAGAGGACGACAAAGAUGAAGAGGAAUAUGAAGAUGAUGAAGAGGAGGAGGAGGAGGAGGAAGAGGAAGAUGAUGUUGGAGAGGACCAGCCCUGCCUUCCUAAAGAAAUUGAUGAGGAUGAUGACACACUAGAGAGCCCAAGUGAAAGAGAAGAAAAACAGAAACCAAGCAGGAGAAGACGACAAAUCACUUUCAGCGAUCACAGACACGUCUUCCAUUAUCCAAAGGGUGGCGCUGUUGGAUGCAAAUAUGAGGAAGAGGAGGAAGAAGAACAUGAAAGAGAAGAGGAGGAGGAGGGAAAUGAAGAGGAAGAAAAUGUUGAUGAAGACUGUGAAGAAGAAGAAGAGGAGGAAGAAAAUUGUGAUGAAGCGGAGGAAGAUCAAUGUAAUGAAGAAAGGCAGGGUGAUACAGAAGAGAAGGAGGAGGAAGACCCAUUGAUGGAAGCUGAAAGCCUGGGAUUUAAUGAUGAUGUGGAAUGUGAUCCCGAGGAACAGGAAGUAGACCUCCUUGACUUCCUACAAUCAUACCAACCUGAGGUAACCGUCAUCUCCAAUAAGUCUGAGUCUCCCACAGGUCAAGCCUCUGGGACUCUUAGAAUGCGUCACAAGAAACAAAAGGUGAAGAAGUGACCCACCUGUCAAAAUAUACAAUUGUGUUCUGUUUAAUAACCCUCUAGACCAGUGGUUUUCAACCUGUGGGCCGCGGCCCACGAGGGGUCCUCAGUGAUCCUCCAGGGGGGCCACGAGAUAACUUAAAAUUUAUUUAAAUAUAUUAAUAUAAUUCAUUAAUUUAAUUAUUAAUAUGCUACAUUAAAAAAGAUAAAUUAAAUUAAUUAAAUACAUUUAAAAAAAGGCACCACCUCUCUCGUAGCUACGUAUUCUGUGAUUGUUUCGGAUCUCCCAGGCCGUUUCUCAUCGUGCUGCUGUGAAAUACAGACUGAACGGUGGCUCAAAACGCAAACUCUCUUAGUUGGAUAAAGAAAACCAGUGUCACUAAAAAGGUUUUGAUGGAUGGCGAUUGUAAUGAAGGUAAAGAUGAUUACAGUGACAUACAGGAGUCGUGCAUAAGGCAUGCGCGAGUCCGCACAUUUGCGCUCUCGACUCACUGAUCGCUAUAACAUCGUAUCAUGUCUGCAAUGAACACAGUUCAAUAUAUUUGUGUAGUUGUCAAAAUUAAUGUAGGCUACUGUGAGGGUUUUAUAAUGGAUGCUCGCCGAACAAGCGUGUUUUGGAGAAGUUUGAUAUAAUUUUGAAUGGAUCCGUAUAGUAUUGGCAUAAAAAAGGUUGGGAACCACUGCUCUAGACCUCUGUAUAAACAUACCUUACUAUGAAUCUUUCUCGCUUUGCUUAAGGAGGCUUAAGGAGUUUCUCUGUAACCAUUCAGGCUUGUCUAGUAAAAAAAAAAAAAAAAAAAGAUCACUUUAAUACAUUUCUAAGAACAGCUAGAGAGCAUUUUAAGAGUAGAAAAUCUUUUCCAUUAAAAUUUUGUGAACAGAUGUGGCUUUGUAUGGACAUUAUUUCAUGAGCAUUGAAAUACAGCAAAUACAAAGAUUGAUAUUAAAUAUUUGAGAUGCGAAAAUUCACAUUCAGAUUUAUUUUUUUCAUAUCUUGAGUACUGUAUACAAACACUGUAUAUUGACCAAUGUACACAUUUUACAAAACAGUGUGACAUAACAGUUAUCCAUUAUCACUUUAACACAAGAGUGGUGAGACUUUUUCAAACAUAUAAAAAAUAGCAGAAAAACAUUAAUUUUCAGUGUUUUUAACCAUUUAGAGCAAACCCAAAAUUGUUAGAGCAUUACAUAAAGUAUAGAAAGUGCUGGAAUGGUAUCACGAGGCAUUUAAAAAACAAACUUUAAUAACUUACACAUAUUUCUUUGCAAUUUGGCCAAAGAAUUUAAUAUACAUGUUAUAUUAUUCUCUAAAAAAGUAAUAUUAAAAAUACUUUUCUGGAGGGAAAGAUAAAUUUCAAAAUGUGAUGUCUGAAGCCACAACAUUAAUUAUGACCAAAGAGAAUAGUAAGAAAAAAGUUAUGCCAUUUGCAGCACAUUUCCUGCCUUUAUCUUGGAUUGUUUAAGACAUACAAACAUUCUAAAUAUUAGUAGAUGCUUUUUAACUUAAAAUGCACUGUUUUGUGAAAUUAAGAACUUUUUUUUUUUUUCCUGUGUGAUGGACAACAGACGUGAAGGGGCACUCAGCAGGGAACACAAUUAUGAUGAUUUCAUUUCUUGAAAACAUUCUUUCAACAUUAAUGUUAUCAAAUUUUAGACAAUGACAAAAGAUUUUCAUUUAUCCAAUUUCCAAGACUUUGUUGAGACAUUCAACUGGAAUGAAAAAUGGCAUGAUAAAAAUUCCCGGCAAGGCAUGCUAAUGUGUAAUAGAGCAGAGUUAGUAAAUCAGUGUGGCCAUCUGAAGACUUCUACAAUGCUUUAAAGCAGUGAUGGGCAACUUCGGUCCUGAAGGGCCACUGUCCUGCAGAGUUUACAAAAAACUUCCCCUGCCUGUAGCUUCCUAGUUAUCCUGAAGACCUUGAUUGUUCAGGUGUGUUUGAUUAGGGCUGGAGCUAAACUCGGCAGGACGGUGGCCCUACAUGACUGAAGUUGAUCCUGCUUUAAAGAAUAGUUUGGCUUUAAGGGCAGUUGGUACAGCAGGUUUUUGGAUUUUGUCAGUUCAAUUUCCUUUCUUCAUUCAUCAGCAUUGUUUAACAAAGACCUAGAAGUGUACAAGCUAUAGUACAAAUAAGGAUGAUGAUUUGAGUUGUGUAAAUUCCACUGACACCUUGUUCGAGCCACAUUUUUCACAACUAUCUUCAUGCAGCAGGAGAUUUUAUAGAUGACUUGAACAAACUGUUGCUAAGCAUGUUCACAUGCACAGUUAUAAUCCAACUACAAUCACAUUAUCAAGGGCUAUUAGUCUGACUUUGCAAAAAUCAGACUGGUGUAACAUCAAAAGUGUUUACAUGGCAAAUCAUCAUUUUAGGCCGACAGAAAUCGAACUUUUAAAGUGUAUGUAAACAUACUUGCUCAUCUCAGUGUGUCAAAUAAGUAGUUUUUUGUGUUCUGGAAAAUCAUCUACUCCACAAGCAGGCAACUAAACCUGAUCUUUCAGGAAAUAUACAGCUCAGUAUACUGGAAAUAUACAGAUACGACAGAAGCAUAUAAGUAGCUGCAUGAUAAACAACACUGGCUGAAGAAAACAAUGUAGCAUCUCACCAACUUCAAGCAUCACAAGUGUCUCGUCCAAAGGCACAAUAUUUACAGCUUUCCACCAUUAAUCUUUGAAUAAAGUGCUCCAAUUAGUACAUUCCCCUACAAAUGUAGUGGGUCAGUAUGAGAUGAUAAUGUACUUGCCCUGAUAUUGACCCUCACAUAAAAUACAUAUUUACUACACACUUCUGCCACCAUUUAGGACUUUCACACUAGAGCUACUGGUGUGGUGUGGACCUGGUGAACCAUUCAUUUUGGUUAGUUGUAUUGACAUUACAACAUUUUUAGAAUCUCAUGUCCACUUGAGAUCAACUGUAGAUAAACUGUUUUAAUGUGCACCUAUUAUGCUUUUUCGUAUAUUACCUUUCAUGUAGUGUGUAAUAUAGCUGUUUGUAAAUGUAAAAGGUCUGCAAAAUUUGCAUAAUCUACGUCUAUUCAAGUCUAUAGUCUUCACUGGCUGCCUGCGAAAACUGAUGCCAUCAUUACUGUUCAUAUCACUGUGUAUACAAGAGCUGAGGAAGCCUCUGGAGCUGAAAUUCAGAUAUUGUAAUGGGUGUUUUGUCGGGCAAAUCCUUCAUUGAACUGUUUCAGACAGUGUGAGAAAAGAGGUAUAUUAUAGACCUAUUAUAGGAGACCUCCAAAACAAAAUUAGGAAUCUUUAAAAUAGCAUAAUUGAGGCAGUUUAAGUACAGAAGGACAUGAACUGAUAAUGGUUACAUCUAUUUUGUGGAAAUGGCACACAUUCAUCAGUUAAAUUGUAAUGAAUCCACACCAAAAGCUCAGAUGUAAAGGCGCCCUGGUCAAGCUUUGUGCUUGAAGCUCAGUGAAUUAUGGGCAUGGGGUAAGACACAAGCAGUAGAUGGUAUGGACAUUUAUAAAUACAUAAAUAGUGGACAAAUAUGUCAGUCUG